AUGACAGACCAUGGUAUGAUACGUAUGAAGGAACUAUUGAGUAGUUAUUAUGGCUUACAAGAUGAAGAAAAGAGUGAGCAACAGGAGUGUAAUAUUGAUUCCUCCGGUUAUAAUUCAGAAACAUACGUCAAGAAGCUACUAGAGACUCGGGGACUGAAUGAAUUGCUUACGAUUGAUGCUCAAAUGAUUUGUGAGAUUAAAGAGCUUGAUACAAAGAUGCAAAUGCUUGUGUAUGAAAAUUAUCACAAGUUUAUUAAUGCGACGGAUACAAUUCGUAGAAUGAAAAAUAAUGUAGCGAGUAUGGAGAAGGAAGCGGAGCGUGUGGUUACAAGUAUGGAUAGAAUCACGACCAAGAGUGAGAGUAUGAAUAUGGCGUUAGCACCACAUCGAUCCAAAGUGGAGAAACUCAUUGGCGUCCGACGGUUGCUGAGAAGAUUUGAGUUUAUCUUUGAGCUGCCUCAGAGACUGAACACUGCGGUAAAGCAGAAGGAGUAUACCAAUGCUACCCAGUACUAUCUGCUUGCACGUCGUAUUUUGAAACGAUAUGAACAUAUUUUGUCGUUUAAGACAAUUCAAGUGCAAGCCGAGAAAAUUAUUGACCAACUUGAACGUCUGCUCAAAAAACCGAAUGUUGGACAUGACACUAGAAUUUGCGAGGCAGUAAUACUUUUGCAUCAAUUGGAUGCUUGCAGCAAUGAAAUUCGAGACCAGUUUUUUGAGUGGCAUCACACAUAUUUUAAGCGUGAGGUGGCAGUGUUUAAGUCUCAAGGGCAGUCUGCCUCGGUGCUGGAUUUCUUGCAAAGAUACAAUGCGGUUGUCUUAUCAAAGAUGGAUCGAGUAUUUUCAGUAUGCAAAACUCACUUUAUGUCCCAGAUUGUCUCGCGCAAACAAUCUUCAACAUCAUGCAAGCCCUCCGAUGCUACUCGAGAUGAUUUAGUUCUCAAUUUUGUGGAGGAUCUUUUUGCGCUGUAUCUGGAGGGGUGUUCGAUGCAGUUCCGCCGUCCGCACACAGAAUAUGGGCCAACAGUUGAAGUAACUGAUGUGCUGCAAGAUGAUGGCCUCUCCUCGGACAUUGUUGGAAGUGAGUACUUUGUAUUCAUGCGAGUGAUGAAGCACUUUGUCUUGCAAGUGAAACUUGCGGAUAGCAGUAUGCCCAUGUGUGGACUAGUUGGAAAUGCCACUGAGUUUGUAAGCGGCUGCAUGCACUUCCAGAUUAAGGGUGUUUUUCGAAAACUACGAGAGGGUACUGGGCAUCUCUUUGCUUCUUCUCACGGUAAUGUGUGUCUGGGGCGAGACUUGUCUGAAGGUGGACAGAGCGUUGUACCGUUAGCGCAGGAGUCAGCAAAGGGAGUCAUCGAUAUGAUGCAUAAAGUACUGCAGCAAAUGAAGGCUAUGACGGAAACAGGUCUCUCGAUCUUUCCCGAGUUUAGUCGACUUUUCUCUGACUUAGUCCAGGGCGAAUUUUACGAUUUUCUCAAGUGGUUUAACGCAAUGGUGCUCCGAUACGCAGAGCCCAAGCGCGCAUUUACUCGACCAGAUGGGCAACUUGGAACACGACACGAGGAACAAGACAGUAUAAUACUUCCGUGGUUGGAGCCUACUCCGCAGUUCUUGCUGUUCCUGUCGUGUAUGUGCCAAGAGCUGUCAGCAGGAGGCAUUGAUGAGUGUAUGCGCGGCCUUAUAGAGCGCUUACCAGCACCCACAUCUGCAUCAAAAUGCCCUGAUAAUGAAUCAGGUCACAGCCAUCGAACGCACGACGUAACGCAAAUGAUCGAAGUGAUUCGCAAGUCUUCGGCAGAGUUAUUGGAGCACGUUGCAAAGCAGUAUGGGAACCAGCUGUGUAUCAUCAUCCAAAAUGGGUUGGCUGCGACGUCAUGGGCUGACAUGAAUGAGGAGCCAAGAAGUGUGCAAGAAAUGAUGGCUUUGAUUGUAGAGGCUACCUUUCGUUUUGGAAAAGAAGUUGCUCUUGCUCUUGGUGACGAGCAAAGCAUCUUUAUUGGAAGCAACGGUCAUGCAGCACAACGUGAUUUUCACCGACGUACCAGUGCACUGCGUUCUCGCAACGCAGGAGUUGCAGCAGCAACGUCGGGGAUGCAGCUUGACGUGGAUCGGAUAUUUGCACGCAAACUCCAUAUUUUCCCAUCCCAGCUUGAACUCAGUGCAGAAGCGUUUGUUGAGACCAUGCUAAAAAUGUGCGUCAAAGCUUUUAGCGAGUGGGUGAGGUUGCUGGAGUUGUCAAAAUUUGGCUUACAGCAGAUACAAUUGGAUGCCGAAUUUUUGUAUAACAUCCUGAUGUAUCUUGUAGCGACCGGCGAAGCGAAGGAGGAAGUGGAGAGCCUUUUAUCUGACUUGCUUUCGAAUGCGCGUGCUCGUGCUAUUGAAGACGUGUUAAUGGACCGGAGCAAUGUUGCUGCGAUUGUAAGCACCAAGAGCACCCAAACUUUAUCACGCCUAGGAUGA